AUGGUCCGCAACAUCGUCCUCCUCGGCGGCAACUCGCACCCGCAGCUGACGGAAAAUGUCUGCAACUUCCUCUGCAUCCCGCCCUGCGACCGCAUCCUCACAAAAUUCUCGGGCGGCGAGAGCCGCUGCGAGAUCAAGGACUCCGUCCGCGGCAAGGAUGUCUACAUCAUCCAGUCCGGCUCCGGCAGCGUCAACGACAACCUCAUCGACCUCUGCAUUAUGAUCUCGGCCUGCAAGACGGGAUCUGCGAAGCGAGUUACCGCCGUCAUCCCGCUCUUCCCCUACUCCAGGCAACCCGAUUGGCCCUACAACAAGGCUGGCGCGCCCCUGUCGCGCGCUGCCGAGUCGUCUGCCAAGCACGAUUAUACCUUUGAGAGCGUGCCGGCCACGCCUCGCCCCGGCGGCCCUCGCAGCAGCGGCCUCACCAAUGGCGUGAACAGCCUCGCCGAGAAGCUCACCAAGAGCACCAUUGCCGAGAGAGUUCCCCUCGAAGCCAAUGGCAACGGGGACUACUUUCCUAAGCGGUCAGACACCCUCACCAGCCAAGGCUCCAACGGCCGCGGUCAUCACCACGAGGGCUCCUUCUCAUCCCAGCGCAGCUUCACCACCCACGAUUAUGAGAACCAGAGCGCCAUCACCAACUUCCAGCCCAAGCCUGGAUACAAGCAGUGGGUCGCCCAAGCCGGCACCCUCGUCGCCGAUCUUCUCACUUGCGCUGGUGCCGACCACAUCAUCACCAUGGACCUUCACGACCCGCAAUACCAGGGCUUUUUCGACAUCCCCGUAGACAACCUCUACGGCAAGCCCCUCAUCCAGAACUACAUCCAGAAGCACAUCCCCGACUACAAAGAGGCCGUCAUCGUCUCGCCCGAUGCCGGCGGCGCCAAGCGAGCUACCGCUAUUGCCGACAGCCUCAAGAUGGACUUUGCUCUCAUCCACAAGGAGCGCCGUCCUAUCAAGUUCACCGAAUCGCGCAACGCCAGCAUGAUGCUCGUCGGCGACAUUUCCAACCGCGUCUGCAUCCUUGUCGACGACCUUGGCGACACGGCCAACACCAUCACCCGGGCCGCCAAGUUGCUUAAGCGCGAAGGCGCUCUCAAGGUCUACGCUCUCCUCACCCACGGCGUCUUCAGCGGUGAUGCCAUUCCGCGCCUCAAUGCCUCUGCUAUUGACAGGAUCGUCGUCACCAAUUCGGUCCCUCAAGAAGAGCAUUGCCGUCUCUGCCCCAAGUUGGAGGUGCUGGACGUCUCGCCCAUCUUUGCCGAGGCCAUUCGCCGUGUUCACCAUGGUGAAUCUAUCAGCAGGCUCUUUGAGCACGACUGA